CCCCAGCUUUGCACCCUUCCAGCCCGUCUGCUAGCGAGGAGGGGAGGCCAGAGACUGCAGAGAGUUCCUUUGGUGAAUUCCACUGGCCAGAAUUGAAUCUGUACCGGAUUAUUAAUUACAGAGGGUUUUCAGAACUUCAGCUACUAUAACGAUGGGGAGAAUUUUCCUGGAUCACAUUGGUGGUACCCGCCUGUUCUCUUGUGCAAACUGCGAUACGAUCCUUACCAACCGCUCUGAGCUCAUCUCCACUCGGUUUACCGGGGCCACUGGACGAGCCUUUCUUUUUAAUAAGGUAGUUAAUCUGCAGUACAGUGAAGUGCAGGACCGGGUCAUGCUCACUGGCCGCCAUAUGGUUCGAGACGUGAGCUGCAAAAACUGCAAUAGCAAACUGGGCUGGAUCUAUGAGUUCGCCACCGAAGACAGCCAGCGCUACAAAGAAGGCCGCGUGAUCCUGGAGCGGGCCCUGGUACGCGAGAGCGAGGGCUUUGAGGAGCAUGUACCAUCCGAUAACUCUUGAAGCCAACGAGAGAGAACUCCAUCUUUUCCCAGAUCUCCUUCACUGAAAACAAAAAUCUACUUACAUACACUGUCACCUUAGCAUCAGAGUCGGAUUCAUGAACUGAGGAACAAGAAGUUGUGAGAAUCUAAGAUGGAACCUCCCUUUCUUUUUUUUCUAAGAAUUUUCUACUUUCCAUCCCACAGCAGUGUGUAGAGAGAAUACUAAGCAGAUGUCAUUAAUUUCCCCCCUUCCCCAUGUUUACAUCUUGAGGCAGAAUAGUGUAUUUGCAGUUCUAAGGUGGGCUCAGUGAGGAAAAAUAAUUGGGCCCUUCGUGUGAAGAGGUGUGUCUUAUGUACAUUUGGAAAGGAAGAGGGGUCAAGAGCAUGGUUUUUAAACUUACUCGGGCUUGAUUUUAACACGUUUUGAAACCCAGUUCUUUCAUGGAUUUGCUAGUCUCAGAGACGAGAUCCGAAUUGUGACCAGCGCUAAAGGUUCAGUGUUAGUGUGGCUUGUGCUGGCCGUUGUGGCGUAUCCUUGUGGGAGAAGAACCGCAGCACCAGAGCCCAUCUUCCUUGUCCAUCUUGACCCAAAGAUGUCCUUGUUCCUAGGUGUUUGUCGCCACGUACUUGGUGUUGAGUGGGAGCUUUUCCUGAGGUGGGGCAAACUGCUUGGUUGUCUUUUCCAUGUAACUUAAGCAUAGUAAUAUAAAUAAAGUACUAGUUGGAUGUUUUUGGUCUUGUGUUGCUUUUAAAAAAAAAAAUCACCUCUUAAGAGCAGAGUAUUUGAUAAGUGGUUUUUCCAUAGUUGUGUUUUUUUUUUCUUCAUCGCUUAAGCUAAAUUGACAGUCUAAGAUACUUCUUUGUUGAGAAAGCAUACUGUGUAAACCCACAGUGCAGUGUUUAGGAGCUAAUGUGACGUGACGUGGACACGCAUCCAUGUAGAAGGCAUUUCAUCCGCGUUUGUUUUCAAAGCAGGGGGAAGAGGAGCGACCUGUCUAAAAAUACUGUCUUACGAAGCAAAAGUUUCUUUCCACCCCCACCACCCCCCCAUUUCGCAUUGUGUGCCAAGUCUGUAGAGUUUGACAGUUUCCUCAAGGGAUUGGGUUUCUCGGGAGCAUUGUGUUCUCGGCCCUUCCCUCUGAGGUUCAUUGUCAGUUGAAACCGUCCCUGGUCUCUUCAAGUGGAAAGAGACCGUAUUUGACUCAGGGUAUUAUUUUAGCCCCCACUUGACCACAUUAUGAGGUAUUAAAAUGUCGAUUGUUUCUUUAGCCUGUUUUUUAGACCUUCCUAGUAUUUGCUCUGAUAGAAUUAAUGACAAUAAAAUUGGCUAAUUGACUGAAUGGGUGUUGGAGUGCUCAAUUUCUAGGCCUCUGUUUAGAAAGAAAAUUUGGCUCACUCAGCAAAAUCUGUCAUUAAUAUUAGAAGUGAUUUCUUCGUAUUGUCAGUAUUAUGUCUGUUUGGCUUUGGGCUUCUGGUCAGAGGCAGAGGUCUCUUCAAGUAGAUGUCUUUAUAUUGUGUUUGAAAUAGCAGGCACCACGAAUGUUUGAGAUAAGUGGACUCAAGUUCUUCUCUUUCUUUUCACCAUUGAGAAGUAGCAUCAGUUUCCAUCCAUUUCCACACCAGCCUCUGACUAUAUGCAGAUUCCCCGUAGCAUGCCUUAUUUCUAGCACUCUGCGUUUGCUGUCACAAUAAAAAUCUAUUUUGUCUUGCA